GGCUCUGCGCCGCGGCCGCUGCGGCUGCGGGCGGGUGGACAGGACCAGAUAUAGACGCUCUUGAAGCGGAACGCGCCGUGUGGGAGAUAGGCGACGUUAUUGAGGUCGGCCUCUGGCACGAGGGCGAUCAGUUUGGGGCAGGUUGUGGAACAGGGGUUCUACAAGUACUGGAGCAUGGUCCUCGGGCCAGGCUCUUCGAGGCCAAGCUGCACGCCGUCGAGGGCGGCUACUACAGUUGGUGGCUCUUCGAGAGCUCGCAGCCGGCCAACCCUGGGCUUCACCGGGCUACGGCAGGGAAGGGGGGCGACGACGAGAUUCUUUUCCGGGGCCGCAUGGUUACGCCAGUCUACCGCUGGCGUGUUCUUGGCAAGGCCGGGGAGCGGCCCAACCUGGAGGCCGUGCCGUGGCUUACGGAGCCCCGCCAGAAGGAGAUCUUCGACAACUUGGUACCGCUGGAAGGCGCCCCGGCCGCUCUGGACGGGGGCGGAGCCGUUCCUGCUACCCCCCGCGCCAGCGAGCCGCGUGAUGGGGGUCGUCAGGAGGAGCACGGGGAUGCAGCGAGGCCGAGGCUGAUUGGUGGGAGGCGCCCAGACGACAUCUCAGACGAUCUCCGGCGCCUCGCGGACAGCGUGGAGAGAGGCGGCGUUCCGCGUCGGGAUGCGCCUCGCGACCGGGAUCGCCGGGGUGAGCAGGCGGGGGCGUUCAGUAAAGCUCCGCCGGCUCGUCCGGCGGACUGGGGCGGCCGCGGGCGCGACCCCUCGCGGUCGCCUCUGGCCCGGCGGCGUCGUCCUGACCCCGAUCGCGGCUGGAGGGCCGGAGAGCAUGACGAUCGCGGCGACGGCAACGGCCUCGACGGCGAGCGGCGCCGGGGAAGGAGCCGCGAAGGUCGCGCGCGCGUCCGGGAGCGGAGCCAGGGCCGGCAGCGGCUCGUGGCGGCGCCGCGCGCGGCAACCCGGGGCCAGGCGUUCGCGACCUCAGCCGAGGCCACGGCGCUCGAGGUCUCCGUCCCGGGCCAGGCGGGCCAGAACGAGGAGCCGCAAAUGGCGGACAAGGUCAGGGAGGGGGAGGCGAUCGCCUGGGACAAGUACGAGCACCCAGCAGCCGCGAAGUCCUAUUACCUUCGCGUGUUGAAGCCUCUCACGGGGGCGGGGCUGCGGAACAACCGGGAGAUGGCCACUCUGACCGUCGCGCUGGACCAUCUUGCCCUGGGAAGGACGGCCUUCGCGGCGGACGUCUUGACCAUGAGGCUGAAAUCAGUCGAGAUGGCCAGCAGGGGCGGCCAUUGGGAGAGGGCGCAAUUCUUGGAGCUGGCGGAGAAGGACGACACAACGUUCACCAGCCAGGCGGAGGAGGCCAUGGUUGCCCAGGAGGUGAGCACCCAGCGGAAGCUGAGCGGGGUAGGAAAAGGAUCUGGCUCCAGCAGCGGCUGGGGGAACUACGGGGGCGCCUCGUGGGGCUCCGGAAAAGGGGGGAAGGACAAGGGUCACUACCAGGAGGACAAGGGCACGAGCAAGGGCGGCAAGCACACGAAGGCGAAGGGGAGCAGGCUCGAACUUCUGCCCCUCAGCUUGGACCUCGCCGAAGAUUUCUGGAGAGAGCCGGGCGGUGCUCGCGGCGCGGGCACCGAGGCAGGCGAGGGAACCCUUCUCCUUGCCAAGGCCUCUUUGCACGCCUUGAAUUACUUGUCGUGCGCAGGCUGGGCGGCAACUCCGGUGUGCUUGUCCCCCGCCCCGGCUCUGACUGGAGCGCAGCGCCGGACGCUGGCCCAUCUGCGGGAAGCAGCUGCGGACUUGUGGGGCGCCUCCGUAACCCCCUUCGAUGCCGGCGAUGUCCGGGAUGAGCCACGUAGCAAGAGGGUUGGCUACUCCGGGGAGGUCGUCUCUAGGCGUCGGGACUUGAUCUCGGCAAAAGUUAUUCCUGCAUGGCCGUCGCCAGAGAAAGCGUGCAUCCUGCCCAUCGUCGAUUUCGUGUCGGAGGAGCUCCGGGGCGAUCUUCUGCACCCCGAUCGGCGUCUCUUACCUCGCGUCGAGUGGCCCGCGGUCACGCCGCGCUCGCGCGUCCACGCGGAGGAUGCCGAGUGGUAUAGCUUGGUGCGCGCGGCCAGCGCGCGCGGGAUGUUCGCGCCGGUCGACGACGGCAGCGUCUUCCGCGAUGGGAAGGGACAACGGGUUUUGAACGGCGCGAUGGGCGUAGACAAAAUCAAGCAUGUCGGGGGCGAGAAAGUUGAGCUUAUGAGGUUCAUCUGCGUCUUUGUCCCCAUUAAUGCGUUCUUGAGGCGCCUCCGGGGCGAUAGUAGGCUCCUUCCGUAUGUUGGCCAACUUGGGUUGACGGUUUUGGAGGACGACGAAAUUUUUCUGGUAGAUUCGGAAGAUAUGGAGUCAUGUUUCAAUUUAUUUUAUAUGCCAGAUUCUUGGUUGGGCAUGUUCACAUUCGAGAAGAAGGUGCCCAUGAGCGCAUUCGGAGGGGAUGCCAACAUCAUGACCUAUGUGGGGAUGCGUGCCGCCCCGAUGGGGUGGGUUGGCGCCGUGGACGUCAUGCAGUUCAUGGCCCGGUCGCUGGUGUUCCAGACUGCGGCUGUCCCUGCAGGGACCGAGUUACGCAAGGAUAGCCGCGUGCCCUCGGACGACGUCGCCGUGGUGUGCAUGGACGGUUUCGACCACUUGUCCAAGGUAAAAGUAUUAUUGGAUGAGGUCGCGGAGGCGUCGCCUGGCGAGCGUCGCCCCCCGGCCAUGGAGAGGUUCGUGGCGGCGUGCCGCUCCCGGGGGAUACCCCUGAAUGCAGGCAAAUCGUUGGUCCGUGCGUUACGGGCCGGCAUCCUGGGCGGAGAGCUCGACGGGUUGCGGGGGCGACUGCUCCACAGUAGGGAAAAGUCCUUGAAGCUCAUAACGAAGUGCCUCGUGCUUGCAGGCGAGCCCACCUGGUCGGCAGGGGAGGCUCAGCACUGGUCGGGCCUCUUCUGCUUCGCGGCGGGUUCCAGGAGGCCGUUAUUCUCUGUGCUGCAGGACGUUUUCCCGUUCAUCCAGAACUGCGCCCUCGCGGGGGGAGCGCAGGUUCCCCCGGACAGCGUCCUGGACGAAGUCUUAGUCGGUGGAGCUCUGUUGCCUCUUGCCUUCGUGAACCUCCGCGCGCGCAUUUCAGGCGUCGCGAGCACUUCUGACGCGUCGGAGAGCGGGGGCGGGGCUGCCGAGGCGACGCGCUUCGUCGACAUGCUUGGGCCGGGCCGCCCCGAGCUCGCUGAGGCCUGGUCCGCGGGCCUAGCGGAGGAGCCGUUCCUGCAGCCGCGCCCCAAGGCUCUUCACCGCGCUUUCGACGGCAGCCGCUGCGGCUUACACGCUCGGGUGCUGCGCGGGGCGAGCGACCUCCCAGCCUGCUACAUCGAAGAGGAGGCGUUCUACCCGUUCGAGUUCUGCGACGCGUACGCGAAGUUGGUCGAAAGUGCACUUCGCGAGCUUCGCAUGGGUUCCCUUCCGGCUCAGCCAGGGGAGCGGGCUGACUGGGUAGCCCGCAGCCUGGCCGCCAGCACCAACCGUCUCCAAGAAAGCAUGGUGCAGGCCGAAGCCGUGUCAACCCUAGAUCGUAUGAUGGGCGCGCUGGCCCAAGGUCAGGAGCUGGCACAUCUCAGGAGUCUUCUUGGAGUCACUGAUUACAGGGGCUCAGAUGUAAGACUUCUUUCCAGCACCCUCCUGGACGGGUCCCCGCAACUGCUGCCGUACCCCGCUCCUGUUUGGGAUUGGCACGUGGUGCAGCGUUAUGCUUGGCGGCAGACGCAGCACAUCAACGUCUUAGAAUUUAUUGCAUUUCUGACUUACGUCCGGGCACGCGUCUCCAGCCCGGACCGGCAUGGAGAGCGGUUCUUCCAUAUAUUUGACUCCCGGGUUGCAUCUUGUGUUGCGGCCAAGGGGCGUUCGAGCGCGAGGGUGCUCAAUCGACCCCUGCGGCGGUAUGCGGCAGUAGCGUUGGCGGCUGAUUUGUACGCGCUGUGCUCGUGGACCAUCAGCGGCUGGAACUCGACCGAUGCAGCCAGUAGGCUGCUGGAGGGGGCUCCGGAGUUGGACAAUGGAGAGUAUAUCGACCACCUUUACCAAGACGAUUUGCCGCAGUAUUGGGGUAACGACUUGGCGUGCGGUUUCAAGCGCCUCUUUCCCCGCUCAAAGCGAAAGCUGGAAACCGCCACGCUUUACAUGACAAAUUGGGCUCAUUCAUCGCGGCGCCGGCGAGCGCUGCCGAUCUCCAGUGAUAUGGUCCAAGGCAUGGCCACAGUCGCUCUCCUCAGGCACUGGCCUCGCACAGCGACCGCUCUGCUGGUCGGUUUCACCGGCCUUCUCCGAUCUGGAGAGAUUGUCGCUGUUACGAAACGUCAAUUUACCGUCAUCGGUGGAGGGGCUGCGGUAGUCAUUGCACUCCCUGACAGUAAGGGGGCAAAGCGGCACGGCCAAGUCGAGCACGUUACAUUGUACGACCCUUUGGUAAUUACACUCCUACUUCGUGUCCUGACUCCGCUUGGCGAUGACGAGACCCUUUUCCCUGGCAACUUCGUGGCCCUCCAACAGCACAUCACAUGUUUGGCUCGGUUCUUCGGUCUGGAGAGCCAGAGGUUGACCCCGUACUGUCUAAGGCGCGGGGGCGCGACCUGGCACUUUACCGCGUUUGGGAGUUAUGACGCCACCCAAAGUUUGGGAAGGUGGGGUUCCUUGAAGCCCGCGCGAGGCUACAUUGACCAAGCGAUGGUUGACGUUGGCUCUUGGUCUGUGCCAGAGCAAGGACAAGAACGGCUGCGCCGCGCCGUCCAUUGCCUGCCCCCCCUACUUGCCCACCCUGGUCGAGGUGGCGGGGGGCCUGGCUGUGCCGUAGUGUCGCGUGCUCCUUGA